CACUAUAUCGAAGAUGGCGGUGUCCGUGUUCCCCGGCGUGCGGCUCCUCUCAAUCGGAGACGCGAACGGAGAGAUACAGCGGCAUUCUGAACAGCAGCCGCUGCGGCUGGAGGUGAAAAGCACACCGGACGCUGCCCUGAUAAACCUCUCCAACACAGAGGAAACCUGCGUGUUCAAGUGCUCGUUGUCGCGGGAGACGGAAUGCAGCCGCGUGGGGAAGCAGUCCUUCAUCAUCACCCUGGGCUGCAACAGCGUCCUGCUGCAGUUCUCCUCUCCUGCAGAUUUCUCCUCCUUCUACAAUAUCCUGAAGAACUGCCGCGGCCACAAUGCAGAAAGGUCUGUGUUCAGCGAUCGGACCGAGGAGUCCUCUGCUGUACAGUACUUCCAGUUCUAUGGCUACCUCUCCCAGCAGCAGAAUAUGAUGCAGGACUACGUUCGGACUGGAACCUAUCAGCGAGCCAUCCUCCAGAACCACACCGACUUUAAGGACAAGGUGGUGCUGGAUGUAGGCUGUGGCUCGGGGAUUCUGUCCUUCUUUGCGGCUCAGGCGGGAGCCAGGAAGGUAUACGCUGUGGAGGCCAGCACCAUGGCCCAGCAUGCCGAGGUGCUGGUGAACAGUAACGGGCUGACGGACCGGGUGGUGGUGAUCCCAGGGAAGGUGGAGGAGGUGUCCCUGCCCGAGCAGGUGGACAUCAUCAUCUCAGAGCCCAUGGGCUACAUGCUGUUCAACGAGCGCAUGCUGGAGAGCUACCUGCAUGCCAAGAAGUUCCUGAAGCCCAACGGUAACCUGUUCCCCACCAUCGGAGACGUUCACCUGGCCCCCUUCACUGACGAGCAGCUGUACAUGGAGCAGUUCACAAAAGCCAAUUUCUGGUAUCAGCCGUCCUUCCAUGGCGUGGAUCUCUCCGCCCUGCGCGGCGCCGCUGUGGACGAGUAUUUCCGUCAGCCCAUUGUGGACACCUUCGAUAUAAGGAUUCUGAUGGCCAAGUCCGUGAAAUACACAGUCAACUUCCUGGAGGCCAAAGAGGGGGACCUCCACAGGAUAGAGAUCCCGUUCAAGUUCCACAUGGUGCACUCGGGACUGGUGCAUGGGCUGGCCUUCUGGUUUGACGUGGCUUUCAUCGGCUCCGUGAUGACGGUGUGGCUCUCCACGGCCCCCACGGAGCCGCUCACCCACUGGUACCAGGUGCGCUGCCUGCUGCAGUCUCCCCUCUUCACCAAGGCAGGGGACACGCUGUCCGGCACCGCCCUGCUCAUCGCCAACAAGAGGCAGAGUUACGACAUCAGCAUCGUGGCCCAAGUGGACCAGACGGGCUCCAAGUCCAGCAAUCUGUUGGACCUGAAGAACCCCUUCUUCAGGUACACAGGUGCCACCCCCGCCCCCCCUCCUGGCUCACACUACACGUCCCCCUCCGAAAACAUGUGGAACACUGGGGGGGCCUACAGCAUGAACCAGGGCAUGGCUGUGUCAGGGAUGCCCACAGCUUAUGAUCUCAGCACUGUCAUCGGCAGCGGCUCCACUGUCUCUCACAACAACCUCAUCCCCCUCGUGAACACAGGGAUAGUGAACCACACCCACUCCAGAAUGGGCUCCAUCAUGAGCACAGGAAUCGUCCAGGGGGCUUCAACCGGCCAAUCGGGUCCAAGUAGCAGCAGUCCUCACUAUCCAGUAAACAGCCAGUUCACAAUGGGAGGACCAGCUAUUUCCAUGGCAUCUCCCAUGGCAAUCCCUAGCAACACCAUGCAUUAUGGGAGUUAAGACCUUUGACCUUGCACCUCUCACCCCUCAACUGUCCACAGCCAGAAGAAAACCAAAACCGACAUUUUUUUCAUUGUGUCUUCUUGUCUGUUGUCUUUCAUCCCCC